AGAAAAGUGAUUUUUAUUUUAUAUCUUGAAAUUAUCUGUUAAUUAUUUAUUUACAAUUGUUCUAGUCAUACAAAAAUAAUUAUAUAGUAUCUAUAAAAACGGUGUUAUAUUAUGACAAUAAUUGAGUAACCACAAAAUGGAAAAGCUUAAUUCCAUCGAAGAGCUUCUGCUCCUAGUUGAUGAAAAAAUCAAAUAUGGCAAAGAACUUGUGUUAUUGUUGCAACCUAUACAAAAUAUCGAUGGGGUCAUGAAGUUACAAAGAAAGAUUCGUCAAGAGAUGGUGUUUCUCAAAAAGCUACAAAAAACUAGGAAAGUGAAACUUGAGCAGCUAUCCUGUUCAAACUUACGACAUUUGGGUGCAAUGGUGGACUGUGCCUUAAGACCUGGUGUGGUGGCAGUGUGUAAAAUAUUUCAUAUUGAUGAUGAAAGCAAACUAGUUAUUGAUGUAAUCAGCGAUCAAGGAAAAACGUGGACCAAAGUAAUAGCAAGAAAUCCCAAAUCCCUUUCUGCUCUGAGUUCCGGAAAUGCAUCAUACGGGGCUCGGUCCAUUCUAGACCAGGCAGAGGACUACUUGGAGUGUGCCAAGUUGUACCCUUGCAUGUACCAGCCUCCGAAGGUGAUAUUCGAAUUUGUCAGUGGCAUUGAAGAGAGUUUAGCAAAGAAAUUAAAAGCAAUAGGUGUGAUAGUUAAAGGAGAUAUAUUACCAGAUUCCAGUCAUGCUGAAGAGUAUGACGACUCCUGCCCGUCUCAGUCUAGUGAUGAUGAAGAUGAAAUGCUUGAAGACAGUAAACCAAAAACACUGCAAGAAAUGUCCCAAUGCAUCGUGGAGCACCCCGAGAUCACCACCCUGAACCUGGAUGUCACUGCCAUGAUGGCUUAUGUCAGCAACAUGACCAACGGCCACUGCCACUACCAGUUUAAACAGGAAGUGCUAACUCAACAGUGCGCUUGGGAGGCGGAGAGGCCCGUGAAACCUAUCUUGGAGAAGAUAUUUGAGGGGAAGAGACUGGUCUGCUGCAGAACCGCCUGGGACGACUUCGCGAAGAUAGUGGAGACGCUCGGCGGCGACAUGGAGAGGCGACGGACCGCCGACCUCAAGGAAAGGGUCACGGUGUACCCUGACGAUUACGCAGGGGAGGACGACCUUCCGAGACAAAAACUAAAAGUGCGCGGACAUGUCCGUCUGAGGUCGCGAAUUAUAUUCAACUUCGGGCAUCGAAUAAAAGCUAUCACCGUGUCGGCGAAUGAGGGGUUUGUCAGGGCAGCCCAUCAACAGGGCGUGACAUACGCAGCAUUUAUCCACGAGUCGCGAGCGCUGACCGAAGGCAAGGAGCCGACCGCCACCAAGUUACCCUCAUGAUCUUUAAUAUUAAACGGUUUUAGCAGA